AUGGAUGGAAAGAGUACGGAGGCGUCGAAGCAGCAGGCGCAGCUGAUGGAGGUGCUGAAGAAGGAGGUGAGGGCCAUGCUGAUCGCUGCCAAGGCGGGCUUGACGCCGGAGCAGCUGGAGGAGCAGUACAUGGCCAUGGUCUGCAAACCUCUCCCUCUGCAUGACCUGGGAUUCAAGUCCACCCUGGAGCUGGUGACACAAAUGCCUGAAGUUGUCCAGAUCUGUUCUUCCAAGAACGGUGCUUUAAUCCUCAAAGCCAUUGCAGAUGACUCCACCAAAGGGAUUGCCAGGCUGGUUGCCAACCAGAAAGUAAAGACACGCAAGACAUCAAAGAAAACCGCCGCGAAGGCAAAUUCUACUUUUCCCACUAAGUACUCUAAAAAUCCACAGAGUUUCCAUGCCCUGAGUGCUGGGACUCCUGUCCUGCCAGCAGUGGUGAAGGCUGAGCUGCAGGACCUGCUGAGCUCCUCACCACUCCUGCUGGCAGACUUGGACAAGGCUUUCCUCAGACGCUUUGGCCGGGCGUUCCAGUACAGGCAGUACGGAUUUCUGUCCGUGUUUGAGGCCCUCAGGAGCAUGUCUGAUUCCAUUGCUGUUGAGCAAACAAAGGCAGGUUCCUUGCUGGUCCUGAGGAAGUACUUGGCAAGCAAGAUAGAGCAGCAAGUGGUGCCUCCAAGUGAGGCUGAGGAAGAGGAGAUGCCUCGGAGUGAAGCUGAGGAGGAAAAGGGGCCUCAAGGUGAAGCUCAGGAGGAAAAGGGGCCUCAAGGUGAGCCUCAGGAAGAGGAGGUGCUGCAAGCAGCAUCUGCAGCUGAGGUGCCUUCUUUGGAGCCCACCUGUGAGACAAAGAGCUGCAUCCAGGCAGCAACUCUGAUGGAUUCAGAGCCAGUGCAAACACCAGCAGAAGAUUUGGGUGAUCACCUCAAACAGCAUCAAGGUCUUGAGCAGUUUCCAGCGGCCCCAGAAAUCCCUCCAGAUGCUGUUCAGGACAGGAGCCUGUGCAGUUUGCCUCCUCUGAAGAGCAGGUGCUUGGUGGGAGUCAUUGUGGAGUUCAUCGUCUCUCCCAGCCAGUUCUACAUCCACGUCUGCAGCACAGAAGCAUCCUAUAAACUGCAGGAUCUGAUGUUUGAGAUGAGACAUGUUUACUCACACAAAGUUGCUUCUGAUAAAUACAUCAUGCCUGAGUCUGCAGUGAGGCCUGGGCAGCUGUGCUGUGUCAUGGUCUCCAAGUGGUGGUACCGUGUCAUCAUCCACCGUGUGAUCAACGACCAGGAGGUGGAGGUGUUCUAUGCAGACUAUGGACACCUCCAGAUUGUCCAGAAGUCUUGGCUGAGAUUCCUCAAGUGGCACUACUUGAAGCUCCCUGCUCAGGCCAUCCCGUGUUCCUUGGCAUGGGUAAAACCUGUGGAGGGUACGUGGUCCAGUGCUGCAAUUCUCCUGUUCAAGCACCUCUGUCGCUUCAAGGAGCUCGUGGGCGUGGUGGAUGAAUACGUGGAUGGUGUUCUGUACCUCUUCCUGUGUGACACAUCCACCAAGGAGGAUGUCUACUUCCACUCUGUCCUCAGGGAUAUGGGAUAUGCUGAUGUCUGUGGGGAGAACAUCCCUUCCCAGGAGUUUGAGGAACUGAAUCCCUCAGCCUUGUAUGUUCAGCCCAGUGGAAAGCAGAGGAAUGCUGAGGUGGUGGAGCCAGACCUUCGCUUGCAGCAGCAAUCUCGAGAUGCAGACAGUGAAGCAGCAACCUUGAAGCUGAAUGGGGCUGAGCUGUGACCAGAUGAAGCAAACAUGAAGACCAACACCUUCCCAGGAGUCUCAUGGUUGGCCUCUGCCAUGCUCUGGGCUCUGUGACCCAGGGCCACCUCAGGAGCUGUGUGUCCCUCCUGCCCUGCUCUCUGCAGCUGCAUGAUUGGCCACUUCCCUGCUUCAGUGGCUGCCCAGCCUGAGAAGGAAGGUGUGAUGGGAGGGGACAAGCUGGAGCUGCUGCCAAGGAAGGCUGUCUGGAGCAGCACAGCUCUCUGUAUGACCCUGCUGUCAG